GUGGGCGAGCGUGGCCUGGCCGAGUUCCGAGACCUUAACCCAAAUGUAAGUGUAUUUCAGAGAAAAUUUGUGAAUGAAGUAAAGAAGUGCGAAGAAAUGGAAAGAAUACUUGGGUAUUUAGUACAAGAAAUUAAAAAGGCAGAUAUUCCACUCCCUGAAGGAGAUGUUGCUCCUCCUGCCCCCUUGCUGAAACACACUUUAGAAAUCCAGGAACAGUUGCAGAAGCUGGAGACAGAACUGAGGGAAGUAACUAAAAACAAAGAAAAGUUGAGGAAAAACCUACUUGAACUGACAGAAUACACAUGCAUGUUAGAGGUCACACAGAGAUUUGUCAGGAGAACAACUGAGUAUGAAUCCCGUUUACAGACAAAUUAUGAAGAAUUUGCAACUGUGGAAAAUGAGCAGUUGAUGGAUUACAACUGUAUGCACAGACUGGGUGCCAAGCUGGGAUUCAUGUCUGGGUUAGUUCACAGAGCAAAAGUUGAAGCAUUUGAAAAAAUGCUGUGGAGAGUCUGUAAAGGCUUACAUAUUCUUACAUAUGCAGAGUUGGAUGAGUGCCUGGAAGAUCCAGAUACAGGCGAAACCACAAAAUGGUUUGUUUUUUUAGUGUCCUAUUGGGGUGAAAAAAUUGGCCAGAAAGUUAAGAAGAUUUGUGACUGCUAUCACUGUCAUGUGUAUCCCUAUCCAAAUAGCCUGGAGGAGCGGAAAGCAGUUGUGGAAGGACUAAAUGUUCGUAUUCAGGAUCUUCAUACUGUACUGCAUAAAACUGAAGAUUACUUACGCCAAGUCUUGUGUAAAGCAUCUGAAUCCAUCUAUACAUGGGUUAUCCAAGUGAAGAAGAUGAAAGCCAUUUAUCAUGUACUCAACCUGUGCAGUUUUGAUGUCACAAACAAAUGUUUAAUCGCUGAGGUUUGGUGUCCGGUGGCUGAUCUGCAGAAUUUGCGCCAUGCCUUGGAGGAAGGUUCAAGGAAGAGUGGAGCUACAAUUUCUUCAUUCAUGAAUACCAUCCCAACAACACAGCCUCCUCCAACUUUGAUACGUACCAAUAAAUUCACCUCAGGGUUCCAAAACAUCGUUGAUGCUUAUGGAGUUGGAAACUAUGGGGAAGUUAAUCCAGCUCUCUAUACCAUCAUCACUUUUCCCUUCUUGUUUGCGGUUAUGUUUGGAGACUUUGGGCAUGGUCUACUUAUGUUCAUAUUUGCACUCCUGACAAUACUGUAUGAAAACCACCCUAGAUUAAAAAGAUCACAAGAUGAGAUAAUGAAAAUGUUAUUUGAAGGCCGAUAUGUUAUUUUAUUAAUGGGUCUGUUUUCUGUAUACACUGGAUUGAUCUAUAAUGACUGCUUUUCGAAGUCAUUAAAUAUAUUUGGUUCUGGAUGGAAUGUUUCAGCAAUGUUUGAACAGAAGGUUUGGAGUCUUCAGGAUCUGAAGUCUAAUCAAUUUUUAACACUGGAUCCAAAUGUUACUGGUGUAUACAAUGGAGCGUAUCCCUUUGGAAUUGAUCCGAUAUGGAAUUUGGCAAGCAACCGUCUCAGUUUUUUAAAUUCUUUCAAAAUGAAAAUGUCUGUGAUUUUUGGAGUGACUCACAUGACGUUUGGAGUUGUAUUGGGGGUAUUUAACCACUUGCAUUUCAAGAAGAAGUAUAAUAUUUAUUUGGUUUUUCUUCCUGAACUUUUAUUCAUGAUGUGCAUCUUUGGCUACCUUGUGUUUAUGAUCUUCUAUAAAUGGCUAGCGUACUCUGCAGAGGACUCCACGUCUGCUCCUAGUAUUCUGAUUCAAUUUAUUAACAUGUUCCUGUUUCCUGGUGGUGAAACAGAGGUCUUCUACACCGGACAGGUUGCUCUACAGAGGUUUUUACUUAGUAUUGCUUUUCUUUCUGUUCCUGUAAUGCUUUUUGGUAAACCACUUUAUUUAUAUUGGUUGCACAGUGGAGGCCGAGGCAUGAGAAUGUACAGGAGUGGCUACAAGCUAAUUCGAAAAGAAAGUGAAGAAGAACUUUCUCUGUUGAGAUCUCAUGAUGUGGAAGAAGGAAGCAGUCAUUCAGACAGUGGGCACAGAGAGGGAGAUGGAGAGGAGCUUAAUUUUGCAGAUGUCUUUAUGAAUCAAGCAAUUCAUACUAUUGAAUACUGUCUAGGAUGUAUUUCUAAUACAGCCUCAUAUCUGAGACUCUGGGCAUUAAGUCUUGCUCAUGCGCAGUUAUCAGAAGUUCUAUGGCAAAUGGUGAUGAGAGUGGGUCUUCGUGUGGAUACAACAUAUGGUGUCUUACUGCUAGUCCCUGUUCUUGCCUUUUUUGCUGUGCUAACAGUUUUUAUUCUUUUGGUCAUGGAGGGGCUUUCUGCUUUUCUCCAUGCUAUACGACUUCACUGGGUGGAAUUUCAGAACAAAUUCUACUCUGGUGGAGGAUACAAGUUUACGCCUUUCUCUUUCAAGCACAUUUCUUUACAUUUUAAUAAAGAUGAUACGGCAUAGUUUGGUUGCUGUCAGCAGAAAUGUUUGGAAUUGUCUGCAAAUAAUCAUGUGAUUGGAUCUCACCUAUGAGUGGUUUCUUGUAGGACAAAGUGUUUUUCACUGAUUGCCUUAUAAUGCAGCCAAAUAAUUCUGUAAUAUAUACCUCCCAUAGAAAUACAUAGCAGAUCUGGAGCAUCUUGUAAAGUAUAUAGAUAUAAAAUGUACAUUUUUCUUGAUAAACUAAUGUUGUAAAUUAAUUUUAUUCUU